AUGCUCGUCUCCCUCCUAAUAUCAGCCGGCCUUGACCACCCUUGUUGCUGGGCGGAGCCUCACGAUCAAUACACCCACAGGUGCGGCUGGGGCCACACAAUGCGAAGCAUACUAAGUUACAUUGACGGGCGGAACCGGCCUUUCAACGUUCGCCUCCUUGAUAACGCCCAGAACUCCGUCGAGGAGAUCAACGGCGCCGCGACCGGUUGCCCUGUGCAAUGGACCGUGAGCUAG